UCAAAUGCUUGUCUGUGCAAGGGCAAAUCGUCUGGUAAGAAACAGAUGACAUGGCGAAUGUUGACAAAGUCAAAAUUCUUGUUGUUGGUGACUCUGGUGUAGGUAAAACAUCCCUGGUACAUCUUAUUUGUCACAAUGAACCUACAAACAAUCCAGGCUGGACCAUUGGCUGUUCAGUGGACGUAAAGCUUCACGAGUAUAAGGCAGGGACAGCUGCAGAGAAGACAUUCUUCAUAGAGCUGUGGGAUAUAGGGGGAUGUACCAGUCACCAGGACUGUCGAUCUAUGUUCUACACCAAUGUGCACGGUAUAAUAUUAGUUCAUGAUCUGACUAAUAGGAAGUCACAGCAAAACCUCCAAUGCUGGUUGGGUGAAGUUUUGAGAAAAGAAAACAAAAUAUCUGGUGGAAAUGGGUUUGACCUUGACUCGGAGCAGUUUGUUGGGAACCAGCUACCUCUGCUUGUGAUUGGAACCAAGGCCGACCAGACAGAAACCAUACGAGACAAAAAUCGCCAGUCUUCAGUUGCAGAGGAAUUUGGGGCAGAUCAGUUUGACUUGGACAAUUACAGUGUCAAGUACCUGGCGCCAGGCUCAACAAAUGCUGUAAAACUCUCCAGAUUUUUUGACAAAGUUAUAGAAAGAAGAUACUAUUCUAGAGAGGUCUUGCACUGAAGGAAGCUUUUUGAGUCAAGCUCCUACACUGCAAAGUCACUCCUCACCUCAGCUUGGACGACGAGUAAAAAAUGCUCAUGUUGACUGAUGACAAUUUGUUGUACAGAAAUACUGUGAUUAUUUCCAAUAUUCCAUAAAAACACUCCUUUUUAAUUGAACUAGAUUUUGAAACCCUGCUUUCUUGUGAGUAAUUGGUAUUGUGCUUUUUAGCCACACUAUGUUGUUGAUGUUGUGCCAAGAGCCAAACUGUUUUGUGUAAUAUAUACUAUAAUUUGAGGUAGCUGAUGUGUUGACAGAUUUUAAUAUAUUUUAAAGUAUAUCGUUAAAUGUCUUAACUUGAAAGAUUUUUGUUUAGGCAAUACACGGUUUCAGUAAAAUGACCAGUAUAUAGAAGGGGAACAGAAAAAAGAUGCUCCAACUGGAAUCGAUCCUGUGUCCUCUGGAUCAAAAGUCAAAUAACUUUAACACUAUCAAAGAUAAUUAACUCAAACUUGGAAUACUUCUUUAUGGCAACAAGACAAUUGUGUAGGUCAAGGUGCAUAACUCUGUCAGCAUUAUUUUUAGCUCACCUGAGCACAACGUGCUCAUGGUGAGCUUUUGUGAUAGCCUUUUGUCCGUCGUGCGUUGUGCGGCAUCAACAUUUGACUUGUUAACUCUCUAGAGGCCACAUUUAUUGUCCAAUCUUCAUGAAAAUUGGUCAGAAGAUUGGUCUCAUUAAUAUCUUGGAUGAGUUCGAAAAUGGUUACAUUUGCUUGAAAAACAUGGCUGCCAAGGGGCGGGGCAUUUUUCCUUAUAUGGCUAUAUAUCGCUAUAGUAAAAUCUUGUUUACACUCUAGAGGCCACAUUUAUUUCUGAUCUUCAUGAAAAGUGGUCAGAAGAUUUAUCCCAAUAAUAUCUUGGACGAGUUCGAAAAUGAUGCCGGUUGGUUGAAAAACAUGGCCGCCAGGGGGCGGGGCAUGUUUCCUUAUAUGGCUAUAGUAAAACCUUGUUAACACCCUAGAGGCCACAUUUAUUUUCCAAUCUUUAUGAAACUUGCUCAGAAGAUUUGUCCCAAUGCUAUCUUGGAUGAGUUCAAAAAUGGUAAUCUUUGUUUGAAAAACAUGGCUGCCAAGGGGCGGGGCAGUUUUCCUUAUAUGGCUAUAUAUGGCUAUAGUAAAAUCUUGUUAACACUCUAGAGACCACAUUUAUUUCCAAUCUUCAUGAAACUUGGUCAGAAGAUUCAUCCCAAUGAUAUCUUUGACGAGUUCGAAAAUGAUGCCGAUGGGUUUAAAAACAUGGCCGCCAGGGGACGGGGCAUUUUUCCUUAUAUGGCUAUAUAGAGUAAAUCCUUGUUAUCACUCUAGAGGCCACAUUUAUUGUCCAAUCUUGAUGAAAUAUGGUCAGAAAAUUUGUCUUAAUGAUAUCUUGGAUGAGUUCGAAAAUGGUUACGUUUGCUUGAAAAACAUGGCCGCCAAGGGGCGGGGCAUUUUCGCUUAUAUGGCUAUAUAAGGCUAUAGUAAAUGUUGUUAACACUCUAGAGGCCACAUUUAUAGUCCGAUCUUCAUGAAACUCGGUUAGAAGAUUCAUCCAAAUAAUAUCUUGGAGGGUUCAAAAAUGAUACCGGUUGGUUGAAAAACAUGGCCACCACGGGGGCGGGGCUAUUUUCCUUAUAUGGCUAUAGUAAGACCUUGUGAACACUCUAGAGGUCACAUUUAUUUUCAGAUCAUCAUGAAACUUGGUCAGAAGAUUUGUCCCAAUGAUAUCUUGGAUGUGUUCGAAAAAAUUUUUGGUUGCUUUAAAAACAUGGCCAGCAGGGGCAGGGCAUUUUUCCUUUUAUGGCUAUAUAUAUCUAUAGUAAAUCCUUGUUAACACAUUUAUUGUCCAAUCUUCAUGAAAUUUUGUCAGAAGAUUGGUCUCAAUGAUAUCUUGGAUGAGUUCGAAAAUAAUAAUGUUUGCUUAAAAAAAAUGGCUUCCAAGGGGCGGGGCAUUUUUCCUUAUAUGGCUAUAGUAAAAUCUUGUUAACACUCUAGAGGCCACAUUUACUGUCCGAUCUUCAUGAAACUUGGUCAGAAGAUUCAUCCCAAUAAUAUCUUGGAAGAGUUUUAAAAUGAUGCAGGUUGGUUGAAAAACAUGGCUGCCAGGGGGUGGGGCAUUUAUCCUUAUAUGGCUAUAGUAAAACCUUGUUAACACUCUAGAGGCCACAUUUAUUUUCCGAUCUUCGUGAAACUUGGUCAGAAGAUUUGUCCCAAUAAUAUCUUGUUAUCUCAGGUGAGCGACCUUUGGCCUUUCAUUCUCUCUUGUUAGAGAUAUGCCCCUUUUUAAACGCCCGAAUUUAAAAACGGGACGUAUUAUAGUUUUACCUUUGACGGACGGGCAGCGGGCUGUUGGCUGUGUCUACAGCAGUGUCCGCUCUCUAAUUCAAAUAGUUUUCAUCCGAUCUUCACCAACUUUGGUCAGAAGUUAUGUCUAGAUAAUAUGUAGGUCAAGUUCGAAUAUGGGUCAUGCCGGGUCAAAAAGGAGGUCAUUAGGUCACAUAGUGCAUUUCCAGCAUUAAGAAUGGUUUCCGCUCUCUAAUUGAAGUAGUUUUCAUCUGAUCUUCGCCAAAUUUAGUCAGAUGUUACAUCUAAAUGAUAUCUAGGUCAAGUUCAAAUAUGGGUCAUGCCGGGUCAAUAACUAGGUCUCUAGGUCACUUAGUGCAUUUCAAGCAUUGAGCAUGGUGUCCAAAACCUUCGAUCGAGCGUAUCUUGUGACAGUUUGGCACUCUUGUUGAAAAUUGAAAUGAAAAUUUGAUUAAGUUUUGUGUUUAGGUCCACUUUAUUCCUAAAGUAUCAAAGCUAUUGCUUUCAUACUUGCAACACUUACUAACUAUCAUAAGGGGACUGUGCAGGCAAACUUAUGUAACUCUGACUGGCAUUUUGACAGAAUUAUGGCCCCUUUUUACUUAGAAAAUUGAAAAUUUGGUUAAGUUUUGUGUUUUGGUCCAUUUUACUCCUAAAGUAUCAUAGCUAUUGCUUUCAGACUUGGAACACUCGCUACUAUCAUAAGGGGACUGUACAGGACAAGUUGCAUUACUCUGGUUGGCAUUUUGACGGAAUUAUGGCCCUUUUUUGACUUAGUAACUUUGAAUAUUUUGUUAAAUUUUGUGUUUAGAUGCACUUUAUUUCUAAAGUAUCAAGGCUAUCGCUUUCAAACUUCAAAAACUUCAAAUACUUUCUUGCUAUCAUGAGGGUACUGUAACUGGCAAGUUGAAUUUGACCUUGACCUUUGCAUGACCUUGAAUCUCAAGGUCAAAUAAAUACAUUUUGCUUAUAUUGCCAUAACUUCUUUAUUUAGGAUCAGAUUUGAUUCAUACUUUGACAAAACAACACUUACCUGACAUACCACAAUGCACUCCACCCAAACCAUCCCCCCACGCCCCACCCCAGAACCCCCCCCCCCCCCAAAAAAAAUAUAAAUAAAUAAAUAAACUUUUCUUCUUUUUUAAAUAUCAUCUAAUAAAUGACCAAACCCCCACAUUAUUCCCCAUCUCCCACCCCCACCUCCACACACAAUUUUUUUAAACAUGGUUAAAAAACACCAAUUUCUAUUUUUAUUAUUUUAUUUUUGAAAGACCGUCCAACCAUCCCACCCAAGCUAUUGCUAUCAAACUUGAAAUAUAAUCUUAUUAGUUUGUUUUAUGUCUUUACAAAUGUUCAAUAGAUUGUGGAAAAUACACCUGAACUCAGAAUCGUCUAUAAUGUACCACUUCUUUAACACAUAAGCGAUCAAUAUGUUUCAAUUAUGGUCCUCUUCCAGUUAGGAUAUGACUAUAUUACCUUGACCUUAUUGAAUAAGAACAAUUUCCCCAGGAUGGCUUACAUUAUACUGUCAAGCACUGGAAAAGUCGAGCGCGCUGUCUUCUGACAGCUCUUGUUUAAUUGUUAUUUCUUGUUACAUAGUACUUCUUGAGACUUCAGGGACAUUUGUCAAUACUGUGACAAGUUUUACUUGGAAUGUGUUACAAAAAACUAAGCCUUUUCACAAAGAGAUAAAUGAUCUUAUAGCUUUUUGCCUAUCAUCAUGUGUAUGAAAUGUAUGUUUGCAAAACCAUGGUGGUUAUUGUUAUUAUUAUGUAGUGCAAUACAUGUAUAUUUUUAUGGUGUAAAAUGCAAAAUUGAGUUGUAUGAUUAUAAUUGUAUGAUGCAUAUAUGAAUAAAUUGUUUGCAAUCGUGAA